AUGCUAAUAUAUUUAUUACAAAAAGACCCUGAUGAAAGAUGUCGUAAAGAUUAUUAAGCCAUAGAAGAUCAAUUGAUUUGCUUAUAAUAUUUUGAUCAAUUACACAAUUAAACUAAAACAAAACUUUAUAAAGCCUUGUUGCGUGUAAUGGCAUAAAAUGCAGUUUUGACAAAUUUUGAGUCAGGUAAUUUAUAUUCAUCAAUUAUAUAGGUUCAAUGAUUUGGAAAUUUAAUGAUCGAUAAGAUAAAAUAAUGAUUUUGUUUUCAGGUUAAAUAUAAGCAUAUUAAGAAAUCUCAGAAGAUGAUUUAGAUGAAAAAAGAAAAAGUCUGAUUAAAUAAUACAAAUCAGAUAUUUUUAUUGAAAAACCAGGUAGAAAAGUAACUACAACUUAUUAGCAAAAUGGUUAAUUGACUUUCUCAAUUAAUGAUUAACCACGAUUACGUAGAGCUUAAGUUUGUGAAAUACCUUAAAAGGUAGAAUUCAAAAGAACAAAUAGUAUAAGGCAUAACCGCUUUCCUUAAUUGCCUCCAUAAUAUUUAUAGGCUUUAAACAUAGAAUUAGAAUAACUUUUAAAAGGCAUAAAACUACAUAAUGAAUCAUACUUUUAAUAUUUACUAAACCAGUGUGUUUGUAAUACAAAACAAACUCAUUUAUUUCAUGAAGGGGAACUUUUAAAUAAUGAUCGUCUUUUAAAAAAACAUAAUACUUUACUUAUUGCUCUAACUGAUUGUGUAAUCAUUUAAAUGAACUUAAGUGAUUAUUAAAAUGUUGAAAAUCAAAUAAAAAUUUAAAAAUAAUCAAAAAUCUAUAGACAAUUAGAAUCUGGAUUUGUUAGUGAAAUUACAGAAUCAGAAAAUGAAAUGCAUGAAUUAGUAAAAACACUAAUGAAUAAAUUUAUAAAAUUUAAAUAUAAUCCUAACAAUACAAUUUAUUCGAAAGGUUAAUAAUACACAUAUAUUUUUGUUCUCAUUUCUGGAGAAUGCUAAAUUAAUGAUGAUUAUAAUGCUUUGGUUCGUGUUAAUUAAGGAUGUUUAUUAGGGGAAGAAUCCUUUGAUACUAACCAGUAUGAAUACAAAUGCGUAACAAUGACAAAAUGUAAAUUAUAUGGAGUCAAAAUUACUGACAUAAAUCUAUUAUGUUAAAGAUACUAAUGGUUUAAAUAAUAAUUAAUAAUUAAAAAAUAAAUUAAGUCUAAUUGGCUACAUAGUAGACUUAUAGAUUAAUAGAAUAGAAAAAGAAUAGAAUCAACUAAUUUUAAAUAUUAAUUUCAUAUCUAAAUUAAUAAGAUUCCAAAUACUCAUAGAUAAUAAACUAAAACUCACAGAUCAACAUAAUCCUAAAAUAUUUUUGAUAAAAAUUAAUAUUAAGAAAUAAUGUCAUAUCGUGGAUCUUUUAAAAAUGCAAGUCCUUCGAGAAUAAAGAUUAAAUAAUAAAAAUAACCUUAAUCUUAACCCAGCUUUUCGAAGGAUUUUAGUAAUGAUGUUGACCUUCUACCAAUGCUAAUGAAUUUAGAUAAAUAAUAAUGUAACAACCUUAAAGAAUUAUUAAAAAAAGGUAAAAUCAAACCUUAAUAAUAAUAAAUACAAAGAACCUAAACAGCCUAAAAUAUGUUAACAAUACCUUGUAAAGAGUCAACUUUAAAAAUAAUGAAACGCAUCCAAUAAUACUUAGGUUGA